CAGAAGUCAUCCCAGGAGAAAAUAAAGAAAUCCCAGAGGCUGGUGCAAAAGACUCAUAUUUUGCUGUUCUUAUUUUACGUAGAGGUUCACCUUGACUGACUCUCUUGCCCUUACCUGCCCAAAUCGUAAGCCGGUAGCAUUCUCCUUUGUAGAGAAUUAUACGAGAGAACGCCUUAUAACAGUAUUUGCCGACAUAAAAGGCACUUUUUUCGAACGUUACCGCUUUCCUGCGCAUAUUGUCUAAAUAUCUUAUUUAUUACCGGCAACGGCGAUUGAAAAUCCGCUAUUUAAAGACAUUCGUAUAGAGUUUAAUCUUUGAUCGGGAAUGAAGAGGCGGCAGGUCACCAUUUGCCGCAGGCUGAAACUCGGAAAUUAAUUAAAUAGUAUUUAUCGCUUUGAUAUACGUGGAAUUGCGCAAGCAUAGAAAAUAAUAAAGAUUACCAGAGUUUGAUAAUAUUCGUGUUAAAUGUUCAACUCUUUAUUUUUUUUCAUUUCCCGUCGAAAUUCAUUUUAAGAGCAACGAGAAGUUAUUAAUACUUACGAUUAUCACUUGACGCGUAUCGAUGUAAUGAUAUAUGCAAAGAUGCUCUUACAAAAUCAUCGAAAUCAGAAGACUUUUAAUAAUUAUGGAAAACAGCUUUUUAGGGUCUUCUUGUUUCUUUCAAGGGUGAGGUGACGCUAAAUAAAAGAUGAUGUGUUAAUGACAAUUUCGGAAUUUUCUUAACAUAUUGAAUGAUGAAUACUUAGCUUGUUAUUAAAUGUAAUGAAUAUUUUUAGCGUUUGAUCCAUCACACCUCGACUUAAGGUUCUGCGAUCCUUUCCUUUUUCUCAAUUAUAUGUUUUCUACCCACACUCGACAGUCGUCCAGCAGUGCUCCGAGUAUUCGGAAUUAUUCGCUCGGGCUCUCAAACAUAAACCACGUGUUAGCCAAUUAUUUUCAUUAACAAUUAUCAACGGUUUUUUUCGUAUAUUCGAGAUGAGAAGAAUUUCUCUCGCACUCGUUACCAUCUUGUGUUUGUGUAUCGUUGUCUACGCUAAGCCGCAGUAUUUAAACCAUCCUGGAAAUGAAUACAUUAUUCUUGGCAGUUGCACAGCAACUGCCCAGUUGAUUAGGAAGCAUCGAAACAAGGAACCUUUGGGUGCAGAUUUAAUGACGACCGUGGAUUAUACCUCUGAAGAGUUUGCUUCUUCGACAACUGCAAAUAUAGAAAUGCAAAAAAGUGAUGUUCACGAUAUAAAAACAACGAGGAUCCCUACAAUGUAUCCAAAACAUCCUCCACUAAAGACAUCGGAUAAUCACAAAUAUUAUUUCCAGUCAGAUGAAAGACCAAGUGGUAAAAUACUAGGAAGGCAAUCGUAUACCAAAUCUGGUACCGAUACACCCCUUAGAACUGUAAAUGUAGAAGCAAUUUACAAAGACAGACCAUUGCUCUUCAAGAAAAGGGAACCUCUUCCUGAACUUCGCAGAGAUGUUUUGUUUGGAAGGAAAGAGACAAGUGCUUUCAUCGUCAUCAAAUCUUCAGAGUAACUAACUACUAA